AUGAAAGCGCUUAUCCUUGUUGGUGGUUAUGGAACGCGCUUACGUCCGUUGACACUUACCAAACCGAAACCAUUAGUAGAAUUCUGUAAUAAACCGAUGGUUCUGCAUCAGGUCGAAGCCCUAGCUCAAGUUGGCGUGGCGCAUGUUAUUCUGGCUGUGAGUUAUUUAUCUGAUAUGCUUCAACGAGAAAUGGAAGUCGAAGCGAAACGAUUAGGAAUUAAGAUCACAAUUUCGCAAGAAACUGAACCGUUAGGAACAGCCGGUCCGUUGGCAUUAGCACGUGAUCAUCUUCGAACAGAUAAUGAACCAUUUUUUGUUCUCAAUUCCGAUGUAAUAUGUGAAUUUCCAUUCAAUGAAAUGAUCAAAUUUCAUAAGGAUCAUCGCUGUGAAGGAACUAUUGUGGUAACGAAAGUCGAUGAACCAUCGAAAUAUGGUGUUGUUGUUUACGAGCAAAAUACCGGCAAAAUUGACCGAUUUGUCGAGAAACCACGCGAAUAUGUGUCCAAUAAAAUCAAUGCUGGUCUUUAUAUAUUUAAUCCAGCAAUACUUGACCGAAUUGAACUUCGGCCAACAUCAAUUGAGAAAGAAGUUUUUCCAGCUAUGGCAAGUAAUAAUCAAUUGUAUGCAUUUGAACUUAAAGGAUUCUGGAUGGAUGUUGGUCAGCCCAAAGAUUAUCUAACUGGAAUGGGUCUCUACCUCAACCAUGUUCGACAUUCGUGUCCUGAUCGUUUAUCACAUGAAAAUGGUACUGUAGGAAAUGUUCUUGUGGAUCCGACAGCUAAAAUCGGCGAACGUUGUCGCAUCGGUCCAAAUGUUGUUAUUGGAGCACGAGUCAUCGUCCAAGAUGGAGUUUGUUUGAAAAACUGUACGAUUCUUGCUGAUUCUCUUAUUAAAAGUCAUUCAUGGAUUGCUAAUUGUGUUAUCGGUUGGCGAUGCACUAUUGGUCAAUGGGUUCGCAUGGAAAAUACGAGUGUGCUCGGUCUUGAUGUGACUGUGCAAGAUGAAUUAUUCAUCAAUGGUGGUGUUAUUUUACCACAUAAAGCUAUAAGUGAGAGUGUUCCCGAACCGAAAAUUUUAAUUUAA